UGUAGCUGCGAUUCGCAUUCUGCAGCGUCGAGACCUUGCUAUCUGCCUUCUCUCACUCAUCCUACCACCAAAAAAUAAUUUAGAAGAUGCAGGCCGGAGGUCAAACCCCGGUGUUUGUGAUGAACACGGCCCCGGAGAGACAAUCUGGACGAAAAGCUCAGAUCUCCAAUAUCACUGCAGCAAAGACCGUUGCGGACGUCAUCAGGACAUGUCUUGGACCAAAAGCAAUGCUGAAGAUGAUUUUGGAUCCGAUGGGUGGCAUUCUCCUGACGAACGACGGCAACGCAAUCCUGCGUGAGAUCGAUGUCGCACAUCCUGCCGCGAAGAACAUGAUUGAGCUCAGCCGAACGCAGGACGAGGAGUGCGGUGAUGGUACCACAAGCGUGAUCAUUCUCGCCGGCGAGAUUCUUGCAGAGUCUCUCGAGCAGUUAGAGCGCGACAUCCACCCAGUCGUCAUCAUCUCUGCAUACAACAAGGCUCUCAAGGAGGCACUCGAGAUCAUCAAGCGCAUCUCCAUUCCAAUCGACACCAAUGAUGACGCCCAGAUGCUCUCGCUCAUCAAGACGUCGAUAGGCACGAAAUUCGUCAUGCGCUGGUCAGACCUCAUGUGCAAUCUCGCGCUGCAGGCUGUGAGAACUGUUGCAACGGAGGAGGGUACCGUUAAAACAGUCGAUAUCAAGCGUUAUGCACGCGUAGAGAAGAUUCCUGGCGGCGAAAUCGAACAAAGCAAAGUGCUUAAUGGGAUUAUGUUGAAUAAGGACAUCACGCAUCCGAAAAUGCGCAGGCGGAUCGAGAACCCGCGUAUCGUUCUGCUCGACUGCCCGCUGGAAUAUAAGAAGGGAGAGUCGCAGACCAACAUCGAGAUCUCCAAAGAGGCGGAUUGGUCGAGGAUUCAGGAGAUUGAGGAGGAGCAGGUCAAGGCGAUGGUUGAUCGGAUUCUUGAACUGAAGCCCGAUCUCCUCAUUACGGAGAAAGGCAUUUCUGAUUACGCGCAACACUUCCUCUACAAGGCCAAUGUCUCUGCCAUCCGACGAGUUCGCAAGUCAGAUAAUAACCGCAUUGCACGGGCAGUUGGAGCCACAAUUGUGAACCGUGUCGAAGAUCUCCGGGAAUCGGACAUUGGAACUAACUGUGGUCUUUUCCACAUUGAGAAAAUUGGCGACGAGUAUUUUACUUUCCUCACUGAGUGCAAAACGCCGAAGGCAUGCACUAUUCUCCUCCGCGGCCCCUCUAAGGACAUCCUGAACGAAGUGGACCGAAAUCUCGCAGACGCAAUGUCCGUUGCACGUAAUGUCUUUUUCAACCCAUUACUUGCUCCGGGUGGCGGCGCGACGGAGAUGGCUAUAAGUGUUGGACUGCAGGCGAAGGCGCGAAGUAUCACGGGUGUUGAGAAUGGACCGUUCAGAGCGGUAGCAGAUGCGAUGGAGGUCAUUCCUAGGACGCUCGUGCAGAACGCCGGCGGUAAUGCAAUCAGAGUGCUGACUGAGCUGCGGGCUAAGCACGCAAACGGGGAACACUCGUGGGGAGUCAAUGGCGAGACUGGUAAGAUUGUUGAUAUGAAGGAAUAUGGGUUGUACGAAUCUGCGAGUGUCAAGGUCCAAAUCUUGAAAACAGCUGUUGAAGCCGCACGAGUCCUUCUGCGCGUUGAUGAUGUUGUGCAGGCGACACGGAAAGACAAGGAUAGUCAAGGAGGUGGCCCCCCUCCGGAAGAGACGAUGGAAGGUUGAUCAACUACACACAGCACAUAUGAGUCGUGUAUUUGGUAUGGCCUGGAAGUACACUAACUUCAAAUGGCAUCUCUUAUUGGCGGACUCUGCACCUUCCACUCUCACGUCUGUCACCGGUCAUAUGUGUCCUCCCGUCGUUACUUCCGAUAUCGGUGAUCCUCCAGAGAGCCAAUGGCUGUAAAGCGCAAACGUCUUCGUCGGCGUUUUGUUGAUGAAGCGCCACACUGUUCCUUGGCAGGGACGUUUCAGAUAAAUUAAUUAUAAGGCAUCAUCCGCAUUUCCACUGAAACGGCCUGUAUUUGUACUAACUUGGCAUUACAUCAUAGUUAAGUUCCUGCCUUGAUAUGUUGACACCGG